AUGGCUUCCACAAGUAGAAGAUCUACAAGUGGUUCGUACUGCAGCGGCAACGUAACGGGAGAACGUUUUUGUGAGUGUGGUUUAAGAGCACCGUUACAAGUCUCAAAUAGCAUGGCCAACUCGGGUAGAAAGUAUUACGCGUGUCCUGCAAGGCGAUGUGGAUGGUUUAGAUGGGCAGGUCUAAGUAUCCAAUAUUCUGACAUUGGAGAUGAUCGCUCUUGUCAAUUGAAUUCUAAUUUGAAGACGUGCGAACGAGUGAAAAAUCUUCAUACUGAUGUUGUGUAUCUGAAAUUGUUAGCGUUCCUUCAACUUCUUGUUUCUAUAGUCUGUGUUGUCUUGGUCAUUUUAUUGUUGUGUAAGUUGUAG